AUGGGAUGUGGAGAAACUUAUGAACCUUUUUCUUUAAGAGAUGUGCGGGCCAUUCUUAAUAUUCCUUUUAGCAUUAGUGCUAGGGAGGAUUCAUUAUUGUGGCACUUUGAUAAAAAGGGUUUCUAUACUGUGAAAUUGGGAUACCAUGUUUGUGAACGUAUUUUAGGGAGAGGUUUUACACAUUCACAACAUGGUGGUUGGAGUAGGAUUUGGAGAUUAGAUAUUCCCCCUAAGGUUCGUGAUGUUAUGUGGAAAGCUAUGCGUGGGGUCCUCCCUACUAAGGAAGCAUUAAGUAGAAGAGGGGUUGAGCUUAAUCGUGGCUGUCUGUUUUGCGAUUCGGUGGAGGAAAUAGAUCACGUUUUGAUUGGGUGUGUUUGGGCAUUAGAAGCUUGGGAUAGGGGUAUCGCCAUCGAUGAGCCAGAUAUCUCUUUCACUAAACUUUCUUUUAGAAGGGAUGCAGCUAAAAUGUUUGCGAUUAUUGCGUGGAAGAUAUGUCUUGCUGGGAAUGAAUUAUUGUGGAAGCAAAAGUGGCUUGUUCCCUCUCGUGUGCAUGCUGUUACCUACUCUUACAUGCAGGAAUGGAGGCUUACGUCAACUUUACUCACUAAUGUCAGUGCACCUAGUGUGAGUGGGGCUACUGAUAGUGCAAGGAUAAGUUUAGGCGCAUAA